AUGCCAUCGUUGGCGCCUCAAAUGCGUUUUUUCAAAAAGUCCCGCCAAUGCUACGAGAUCAACCCGCCCGACCAGAUGCACAAUGUCGUAUAUCUUGGCAAUGUUCUCACGAUCAUGGCCAAGGGAGACCAGAGCAUUGAGCGGCCGCUUCAGGCGAUCUGGAGCUCGUAUUCGACCAGGAAGCGGGAUGUGGCUAUGAAAUUGAGUGUGACAAGGCAGGGGUUGAAGGUGGAGACGAAAGAGUUGGGGUAGGUUUUUCAUUUUUCCGGAAUUUUUUUAAUUUAAAAAAUUUUUUUUGAUGUUUUUGGGUGACAAAAAUCAAAUUUUUAUCAUUUUCAAGAAAUCAUUUUGAAAUUCUUGUCGCUUUUAAUUUAAAAAGAAAGAAAAAAGUUUAUUUUUAACUUUUAAAAUACCUAAAGUGCUUAAUUUCGACUGUAAGUUUAAAAUACAGUCAUUACCACGUCUAAAGGUCUUGAUUUUAGGGCGGUUUUGCCGACUUUAAAACACUUUUUUCAUCGUUUUCUUAUAAAAAUUACAAAAUUUGCGACAGAAAUUUACAGUUUUAAGUGCUUUACAUUAUAAUCACAGGCUUAAACUUUGUUUUUUGGGUCAAAAAGUUUGUAGAAUUUAUAUUUUUUGGGAAAAAAUAGGUAAAAUAAGGGUUAUUUUUUAAAUUUUGUUGAGAUUUUUCCAGCUUUUCCAGCUACUUUUCAAUAAAACUAAUUAAAAAUGAUGGAACUGACAUUUUUUUUUGAAUGUAUGUAAUGUGAAAUAUCAAGUUUUAAUUUUUUAAGUAACAAAAUUUUAAAAAAUAUUGUUGCUAUAUCAUUAAAAUGCUGAAAAACAGUAGAAAGUUCUGGUUUUUUCCCAUUAAAUUUAGUGUCUGGCGAUUUAUGGGCCCAAAAAGAAUCGAAAAAUAUUCGAAUUCCGCCGUCGCAAGGCCUUCUUAAUGCUUAAGAGGGGUUCAAAUUGAGGCUCCAAAUUUGCAUACAAUGAAUUUUAAUCAAAAAUAUUGGGAGGUUUUGGAAAGAAAAUACAAGAAUGCAAAGUCCGUAUUUUACAAAAAUUUUGUGAAUUUUUAAACUUUUAAAAAUAUGAAGUUUAAAAAAACUUUAGUUAAUAUUUUCCAUUUUAAGUCUAAACUCUUCUCAAAUUUUAAACUUCCCCUUUUCAGAAUCACCGAGUACUGGGCCCACCGCAUCACGUACUGUUAUGCACCAGCCGAGUACCCUCGCGUAUUUUGUUGGGUGUACAAGCACGAAGGCAAGAGAAUGAAGCCUGAGUUGAGAUGUCAUGCUGUUUUAUGUCGCAAACGCAGCGAACCGACCAAAAUCGCCGAAACUCUCACGAAUUAUCUCCACGCAGCGCUGCAGGUAAGGGUUACGUCGCCAAAAUCUAGGGUUUUCGAAAUGUUUCGAAGUGAUUUUUAGGUUUUUAAAUGUAGGGUAUGAAUUGAAAUUUUGGUUUUUGUUAGAAAGUAGUAUGAGGUUUCGAAAAGAAUUUUAGAAAACAUUAAAAAUUAGAAAAAAUGUCAAUUUUUUGUUUUUUUGGAAAAACGUGUAAUAUCUUGGUUAAUAGUUCAUGUAUAAUAAGCAAAUUAAGUACCAAUCAACCAUGGUACAUGCUGAUUAAUUGUGCCAAAUUCGAUAUUUUGGCAAUGCAUGUUAAGGUAGUUAUGAAUUUUUGAAAAACAUCUACUUUUGCUCCAAAAUAGCCAUAUUUUCACUAUAAAAUCACUUUUUUUGGAUGUUUUCAAAACUAAAUCAAUGUUACCAUAGUAAAUUACUUCAGUACUUUCUAGUUACACUAAAUUCCAAUCAAAUUAAUAGACAUCUUUUUAUUUUUCCAAACUUUCCGCUCAAAAAACACUUCAAAACAGUUGUAAAACACCACAAGAGCGAUGAAUUUGCAAAGAAAAGCGAUUAAAAGUAACGCAGUAACAAGGAAGAAUUCACAGUAGUUAAGACUAAUGAUAGGUUAACAUAAGUGUAACAAACAGUCAAAGUUUUACGUGGAGAUUGUGAGAAAACUUUUAUUUUGAAAAAAAAACAAAUCUCUGUUUCAGUAAGGAAAAGUUGGUGGAACUUGGAUUUGUUUUGGCACUUUAGGUAUAACAGGAUUAGUGUGAGUUCCUUAUAGGAAUCGGCUUUGGUUUUGGAUACUCAUAACAGUUGGAAUGUCAUGAAAUUUGAAAAAUAUGAUAAGAUGUUCAUAAAAUGCCACAUUAUUACCUAAAACCAUUUUUUUCAGUUUUUAAAAUUUUUUAAAUUAAAAGUUCUUCAAGCUAGUUAAUCUCAAUAUAAAAUUCAAAUCUAACCCAAUCUCAAUAUAAAAUCUCAUACCAACCCAACCUCAACAUAACCUCUUUCAGGAGUACAAACGAGAGAAGCUAGCGAUGGAAAAAGCCCGCAAAUCAGUGGUAACUGGUACCCAAAACGGGGAAAUUCUUCCAAGAAGAAAAAUGCUGCUACAAAGUGGUACCCUCAACUUUAGACCACCAGUAAAUCGAUCGAAAAGUGCUCCUCGACUAGGAUCCAUCGAUGAAGAAGAUGAAAUCGAUGAGGAGAAGAUCCUGCUUCACGAUCAAUGUGUCAGCGAUUAUGAGUUUGAUGAGGUAAGGUGGUACCGUUUAUUAAAAAGUUGGGCAGGGUUGUCUUAAAGCUGGAGCUUAUGGUCUAUUUUGAAGUUUUUGGACGAUACUUUAUGUUGAUGGUAGUACCAUUAGGACUACAUUUAAUUUUUUGAACGGUUUUUGACUUUUAAAAUUUAUAGGUGUACUAUUAGCACCAUCUUGACAAAAUUGUUAAUUUAAAAAAAAAAUAUUUUUUUAAUUUUUUGGCUAAAAAGGUAUCAUUAGUAUAAAAAAAACCUUUACACAAUUUUUGGAUUUAAACAGUACCGCUAGUACCAGUAGGACCAUUUUUCAUAAAAUUACGAAAUUUUUAAAUUUCGAUUUUAAAAGCCUCUCAGACUGGAAAUUUAUACUUUUAUCACGUAUCCGUGCCAUUUCAAAUGUCACAGUCUAGUGUUUUUGUUUUGCGUUGCAAAAGUUUUUGCAGAAUAUAGUAAGACUAUAUAGACGGAAGAUAAUUAGAUCUCAUUUCGAGUACUCUUCGGGGUCGAGUGCUUUAAUUUCGAUAGAAAAACAAUAAUAAUCGCGAGCAUAAUUACUCUACAAACUUUCAAAUUCGAUUAACUUUGGCAGUAAUUGGAUCUCUAAAUCAAAUUUUUUAUUUUUCACUGUAACAUAACUAUUUUACAUUAAAAAAUAAAAAAUAUCUUAUCCCUAAAUCAAAAUGACAUUCUUUUUAUUUAGUAAACAAAAACCUGGAUUUAAACUUUCACCGCCACACUUUUUUUGCUGUUAAUUCGCAGCCCACGGGGGAUUUGAAGGAGAAAAAAGAGCUAAUGAAUAAAGUAGCAUUGAUGAAUAUCCGGAAUAAACAAAAAUUGGAUUACACGUCAAUGGUGUGACUGAUUUGAUCAGUAAGAUGUAUUGUAGAGGUCUUUCUGUCUAUCAUUUUGGAAAAGGAUCAAAGGUUGAAAUUUUGGUAAAAAACCUAAAAAAUGGGAUUUUUGAAACAAUAUGACUGGGCGGGGUAAAAAAAAUUUUUUUGCGUUUAGGCCGGAUUAAAAUUCAAGUUCGAAAAAGUUUUAAAAUUUAAAAUUUUUUUUGUUUGAAAGUGCCAAAUAUUACCUAAAAGACCAUCUUUUGGCUGUCAAAAACUAGAAAACGUAUUCAAAACACGGUUUUUUAAAAUUGAAAUUCUAGUGUUUACUCUAUGUUAAUUCAAAAGAUCUAUGAAAACUGUAAUAUAACUAGUAAAAACAAAAAAAAACCAAUAAAUAUGGACAUAAACGCAAUUGUCAAUCAAUUAUUUUUCAAAAAAAAAUUUUUGAUUAAUCGGAUUUGUGGAGGCGUUUUCGUAUUUUACAAAAAAAAGACUUUUUUUAAUUUUAAAAAAUUUUUAAAAAAAUUCUUGUUUUAGUCUUUCCUUCAUUCUUACCUUUCUUUACCAUUUUAUUCAAUUCAAAUUUCUAAAUUUUCAUUUUUCAGACCUCAGAUGCCGAAUCCUUUGGCUACCGUGGCACCCCACUCCUCGGCGGUCCUCCAGGCCUACGUUCUUCAAACCACUCCUUCAGCCAAGACUCCACCACCUCCACCUCAACCCAGGACUCAUCAACUGCCUCCGGCCCUACCUCGAAUCAGAACACCUUUCGUCGUCAACUGUCACUGUGCUCAGCUAAUCGAAAACGCUUCGCCGAAAGUCGACUUCAUGCUUCUAAGACUGUGAACAUCUGCGAGCAGGACGAGUACGAGGAGGGUGUGGUACUGGAAGAGGACGAACUCCCCGCCGAGGAUAUUCUUAAUGAAGAAGGUUCGUCCACUUCGAGCUGUGCCAGUUUGGAUGAUGGGUUUGGGUCAUCGGCUAGCCACAAUUCAGACUACACCUUCAAACAGGAUUACCCACAAGCUCCACAGAACUCGCCGAACUAUGCUGAGAAAUCGAAGACUGGUUCACAAAUAACAUUGACAUCUGAGCACUUAUCGACCGAACUGUCGAAUGAACUGACACAGUUAUGUCGAGUGUCGAAACGACCAGAACAGUCGAGUAUCGACUCAGAUGUGCUGUUGAGUGAUGAGAGUGGAUUCAGUGAAUCUAAGAGUGCACCAAUCGGGUACAACAGCGACGAGGAGAACGGGUUCAACAACAAUAUCGACCCUGCUCAGGAGGUUAAACGCAUAUUGCAGAAUAACUGUCAAGUCACCAUGGUGUAGAUACCCAAUUGGUUCUACUUAUUACGUAAAAGUAGUACUUACUGUAGUUUAAAUGUCAUGGGCUACCAGCCUACCGUGAUAUGGGUGAUAAAGGCUUGAAGGUAUUAUCAACAUACUAUGGUUUGGAGGGCUUCUUAUAUGCCUAUAUUGAUAUACUAUGGCUCAAAAGGCUUUUGCUAUUCAUAUAUUGGUCCACAAGCUUUCAAAAGUUGCAGUAUUAAUUACCGUAUGACAAGAUUGUCUUUUGAGUGAUUACAGUAUCUACUGUAAAAAAGAAGACAUUCACUACUGUAUUUAUGCUUUAGAUAGGAACUUAACUAUUUAUUCAUACCUUGUAGGCUUUUACUUUGAUUUUUUUUAUUCAUUAACUAUGUUAUAUUACUGUCUAAACUUAUAUUACACUUGAGACCUAUACUAGGCUUGAGGGUAAUCUGCCAUCAUAAUGUAUUUAAAAAUUGUCAUUUUUAUUUACUAAAGGUAUUUUAAUAAUAUUAGGUUGCUCAAAUAAUUUUGAGCUUCUACUCUAAUAAAUUUUUUAGGGUUAGGGGGCGCAGAAUUAUUUGAACAACCUAAUAUUUUCAUUUGUUUGUAUUGUACUUAAUAUCUUAGGGUGUUCAAAAAGUUUUGUCGUUUUUUAAACUUCAAUACAAUGUUUAAAAACGACAAAACUUUUCUUUGACAUUUUUUGAUUAUACUAUGUAUUUUGGAUUGGUAUCUUUUUGUAUAUAUGGAAAAGUCUAGUGCGCAGUAUUAAAGAAUGGGUACACUUUGACGCAAUUAUUUCGUAUUUUAGCAUUUGAAACUUCUAUUUAUACUGUAUUGUCUCUCCGCAAUGCUUCAAAUCUAAUAAAGUAUUAUAUUGUUGUUACUGUUCGUUGACAAUAAAUGUUAUCUUAACCUUAGAAUUGGUUUUUCAUUUUUACAAAAUAAUAAAAUAAAAAAAAAUUUUUGAUUUGCCGCUUUAGCACUGAUCUUAACUCUAUAUACCAGCAAGUUAUUCAAAUUAUAAUAUAACAGCAGAAGUAUACCAUUAAAGGCAAAUGUCAAAGUUUAACAUAAGUUUCAAAUAAAGAUUUUUUUUAUUGUAUCAAAUGCUACUGACGUAUAGCUUUUUCUCAAUAAAUAAGGAUUCUAAAACCAACAAAAUCAUUGUGCAUUACGAAGCUGUUUACCUUCUUGUGUUUGAUAAUAGGCGCUUCAGCGUUAUCUCGAGAUGGAGAUGUUCGUCAUUCAUUGAAGUUGGCGCACGAACUCAAGCAAACUCUACCUGAAGACCUACAUCAAGACUUUGAAAAGUUUACUCAAUUCAUCAACCAGUAAGUUACAUCCAACGACUAGCCAGUCAUUUACCGUAGAUAUAUCUUCUUAUGAGAAAAGGCCAAAUCAGUGCAAAAAACUUUGUUUUAGGUACAAACGCAAGUACAACACUGCAGAAGAAAUUGCUCAGCGUUUUGCCAAUAUUCAAAAAUCUUUGAAAAGAAUUGCCGAGCUGUCAGAAUCCAAUCCAGAAGCCACUUAUGGUUUGACCAAGUUUUCUGAUUAUUCUAAAGAAGAACUUACCAGAAUAACUGGUUUGAUUCAUAAAGCAAAGAAAGUUGAUCCGUCUGAAUACUUGAUUGUUGGCACUGACGAUGUCCCAGAUUCUUUUGAUUGGAAAGAACACGAUGGAGUUACUCCAGUCCGAGACCAAGGUGAAUGUGGCAGCUGUUUUGUCUUUGGAAGUCUGGCAGCCAUCAAAAGUCAACGAUUAAUCCACAAGAAUCUAUCAUCUUACUUGAGUGUAGAAGAAGUAUUAGAUUGUACAUACGAAGUCAAAGAAUAUGGUAGUGAAGAUGGCUGUGAUGGUGGAUUUCCCGAUAACCCUAGCGCCACGUUUGCUUUAAACCAGUUUUCUGAUUAUACAGAAGAAGAGCGUAACAUGUUGAAUGGCUUAAUAUACGAACCCUCAAGAGAUGAUACAGUAGAAUACCUAACUGUAGACACGGAUGACGUUCCAGAUGCAUACGAUUGGAGAGAACACAACGGAGUAACUCCGGUCAGAUACCAAGGUGGAUGUGGCAGUUGUUAUGUGUUUGGAAGUUUGGCAGCGAUCGAAAGUCAACUCCUGAUCCAUAAAAAUAUAUCGUCUUAUCUGAGUGUGGAAGAAGUACUUGCAUGCACUUACUACGAUAAACAAUAUAACGAACAUGGAUGUGAUGGUGGUUAUCCAGAAGCGGUGUUUAACUUUGUUAAGGAUAGAGGUGUUACUGACGAUGAUCAUUGGAAAUACGACUCUUCAAUACACAACUUUACCGGGAUGUGCAAUAUGACUGGUAAACCAAUCAUAACGAAAAUCAAGAGCUUUCACUUUGUUCCUAACGAUGCGGAGAAACUAAAAGCUGCUGUGUAUAAAGAAGGACCGGUCAGUGCACGUAAGUACAUUGUUUGUUUUGUGCAUUUACUACGGUCAAACCAUUUUAGUAUGACACUCAAGGUCUGCCCCAAAGUUCCAUUAUAACCAGUUUGUCACAUUGCUCGUCUGUCUGAAAUGGGAAAUGACCAAUAGUGGCUUUUCGUUCGUUGCAAAGUGUUCAAAAAUUUUUCAAAGCGUCUUUUUAUUUUCUCUUUUUCUUUUCUCUAUUUUUAUAUUUUAUUUUAAUUUUUGACACUUCGCAGCGCGUUGAAACGUAACGAAAAGCCAGAAAAUUCCAUUUCCAUUUUUUGUUUUAUUUCAGACAGACGUGCAUUGUGUUUUACCCUCUUUUAAAAGUCAUUCAAUUAUGAUAACUUUACAGCCGUUGGUAGUGCGCCACUUUAUAAAUAUAAGAAAGGAAUUAUCAAAGAAGGUAAAAGUCCUAUUGAUCACUUGGUUAUGAUAGUUGGUUACGGUGAGGAAAAUGGUACUGAAUAUUGGAUUGUCAAAAACUCGUGGGGCUCUGAUUGGGGAGAAGAUGGUUACUUCAGAGUUAAAAGAGGAAGCAACAUUAUGAAUAUUGAAAGCGGCAGCUUGGAAAUUCCAACAUUACAACUUGAAGAUUAA